GUCGACAGAACACAAAGAACAUUUCCCCGCUGAUUUAACGUCACUAUUUACAACUAUUUAUAAAUAAGUAGUGGAAUUGAUUGCAUUUCAUUUAUUUUUUCUAAUUUGAGAAAGAAAACUGUUCUGUCACGGCUCAUUCCUAAAUUAUAGUUCACCUGCCGAGUAAUGGAUUCUUAUCAUGUGUUAGAAUUGGUUGGAGAAGGCUCUUUUGGUCGAGUUCAUAAAGGAAUGAAGAAGUUUUUAGGACAAGUGGUGGCUCUUAAGUUCAUGCCUAAAAUGGGGCGCUCGAAGAAAGAGCUGCAAAGUCUAAAAAAAGAAAUCGACAUCAUGACAAACCUUCAACAUCCAAACAUUGUGAAACUUUUCGACAGCUUUGAAACCGACACAGAGGUGGUUGUUGUGACCGAGUAUGCUGAGGGUCAGUUGUUCCAGAUCAUUGAGGAUGAUGGCAGUUUACCAGAAAGUCAGGUUCGUGACAUUGCCUGCCAACUGGUGUCAGCUCUGUAUUAUUUGCACUCUCGUCGGAUUCUUCACCGAGACAUGAAACCACAAAAUAUCCUCUUUGAUAAAAAUGGAGUGGUGAAACUGUGUGACUUUGGGUUUGCGAGGGCAAUGAGUGUGUCCACCAUGGUGCUGACCUCUAUCAAGGGAACACCCUUAUACAUGUCCCCUGAAUUAGUGGCAGAGAAACCUUAUGAUCACACUGCGGAUCUCUGGUCACUUGGCUGCAUUCUGUAUGAGCUCCACACGGGGGCGCCUCCUUUCUACACUAACUCCAUCUUCCAUUUAGUGCAGCUCAUUGUGAAAGACCCCAUCAAGUGGCCAGACACUAUGAGCAGCACAUGCACGAGUUUCCUAAAAGGUUUGUUGACCAAAGACCCCCAGAUGCGACUGUCAUGGCCGGACCUCCUGCAUCAUCCUUUUGUUGCAGAUGGUGUUCAAGUGCUGCCAGAUACAGACGUUUCCAGUCCUCUGACAGUCACCCCGGACCCUGACAUGCUGGCACUGAAACUUAAACAAAUAGCAGAAAAGACACCGGUAAAAUCUGGGGAGAGCAAAAUAGUGCGAAAGGUCAAAGAGCAGAGAGGCAAAAGUGACCCAAAGACAUCAGUCGGCAGUGCUAAAGAAAUGAAGGAUGGAGUGGAAAGUGAGAAAGCCAAUUCUUUAGUAACAUCAGUGGGCCUUAAGGACAAAUCCAUCACCCCAGUUUAUUCAACUCUGAAAGCUCCUCAAAUUUCAGAUCAAAAGAACCAUUCAUCUGGUUCUUCAAAUAGAGGUCUAAUCAGCCAGGACUAUGAACGAGAGUUCCCCUCAGUAGAAGUCGGGCCACAACAAGAGAGAAGAUGUGACAUCACUAAAAAUGUGUCAAGUUUCACAACAGUCGAGAGUGAGGAAUUCUGGGAGAAACUAGUUGAAGAAUCCGACCUAAGCAGACUAGAAAAAGAUCCCUUCAACUGCAGUAACAUUGUAGCUCUACUGAAAUCCAAUAUUUUGCUGUUUGAAAAACAGUUAAGUGGUGGUGUCUUCGACGACGUGUGGCGCAUUCGCCAUUCGCUGAAAGUCCUGCAGAACCUGAUUCUGACCUCAGACCCAAAUGACAAUAUUAACAAACUUGGACUGCCACAUCUUAUAAUUAGCUUAGUUCACAACUCUGUUGGAAACUUCCAUUUCAUUCAGCAACCGGGGAGUCUGCAAGCACUUUGGGAAAUGAUUGUUGUUCUACUGAUCUACUGGCAGAAGAAGCAUGACUGGUUGAAAGGAGAAAACAGACCUGAAGAGUUCAUCAAGCCCUUCUUAACAAUCCUUAACCAAGCAGACCUCAAUCCUUUAGCCCCUCUGGCUGGCUGUGUUUUAUCUCUCUUUACUCGACACAAGGUUGCUGUCAAUAUUGAUGUGGACAGGCUCAGCCUUUUGCUGAAAAAACUUGUCUGUGGCUCUCAUCAGCAGGAGCUUUCUCUCCCGCCUGGAUGGGGACUCUGUGACGGCCUCCUAUCUUUACUUCUGCACACUCUCUCUGAGCAAUGCGAUGGUUCCUCACGUUUGGAUCCACUCGUGAUUCAUCACGUUUGGGAAGAGAUCGGCACCUCAUUAGCAAAGACGAUGCCAGACAUGGACUUUUGCUCAACCAAUGGAUUGCAUGUUCUCAUGUCUGCCACAAUGUUGGUUCUCUGCAAGGAUCCAUAUUCAUAUAUUACACUGUUUUGUGAGGGCAAAUCAACAUUUGUGUACACUCUUGGCUGGCUGUUAAGCACUGAAUGUCAUGCUUUAUUUGCUGAAGGCUGUUCAGGUACAUCAGAAGGGGUCUUAAGUCCUGAGCUCUUUAUAGAGUUGAGCUCCCACUUGCUGUGCCUUCCAUUCGCCCUCAACCUGAAUUCACACACCUGUUCCAGUGUACUGCAUGUGUACGACAGCUGUGAUGUUGUUAAAAGGCUCCUGCAGGUGAUUGAAACUCUUCCUCUCUCAUCAGUAGAGGCGCCACUCUCACUACUACGCCGCCUGUUGUUGUGCGAUCGUCAACGUUGUGUUUCCCGCCUCUGUAAAGCUUCCUGUGGCUUUUUCUCCACACCAGCCGUCACUACAUGGAGCAGGCAGACUCUGACCAGAACCGCCAGUUCUCUGCUCUCUGAUUUGCUGCUGCUGGAUGAACUGGGAGACUCUGCGGUAGAGCUCCUGUCUCUGUUAUACCUCAUCACAUGUUUUUGUCCUGGUCAGCUGCACCUAGAACCUUCAGUACUGCGACGGGCACUGGCGCACGCUUAUGAUCCGAUCAGGGCUGGCACAUGUAAAGUUUUAGGAAAUGUUUUCCCAUUCAGGUCUCCCACACUGCCCAAUUUACAACCAAACAUUUUUAAAAGCAUGGUAGACCUUCUUGAGGAUGCUAGCGUGCAUGUGCGGCGGGCGGCUUGCUUGGCAGUUGGUAAAUGGUUGGGUUAUAUUGCAAUGGAGGCUGGGUUCAGCACCAGUAGGCACAGUGGAAAUUUAGGCAACACUAAAAAGUGGGUAAACGUAAAGGGCAAUGAUGCACACCAGGAUUCAAGCAGCGAGGCGGUAGUUGCCAUUGUGACAAACAAAAAAUCAGAUGACGGCGAGAUUAGAAAAUGGUUAGAAGAAGCAAGAAUGACAGGAGCCAGACUGGCAUCGCUGACCUCCGACACUGAUGCCCACACUCGUGUCCACGCUUGUGCAGCCAUCGGAAACCUGCUGCAUGUUCAUGGUGCUGUACCCAAACUGAUGAAAGAGAAUGUGUGCAGGUUACUCCUGAGGGCCGCCUGUACUGACACCCACCAUGCAGUGAGAGAAGCUGCAACGGCCACGCUAAGCUUGUACAGCCAGCAGGAUGCUAUAAGACAGAUAAAGGCCUAACUGGACAAUAGUUGAACGUCUUUCAAACGCGGCUCUUUACAAAAAUAUUUUAUUGCAAUUAACAUCUUUGGCUUAGCAGGUUUGAAAAUGAUGUUUUUCAAAAAAACAUUUUAAGCUUUGUAAGUCCGUGAUUUAUUAUAUCAUUAGUUUGUGUAAUUUGUUAUAUUUUUCUAAAAGCAUCUGAUAAACAAUUGUGCAGUAUUUAUUUUUUUGGUACAUUUUCUUUGCGGGUGCUUAGAUCCCGGAUGCCAGAGAAAAAAAAGUCCCCAAGCUUCCCAGCAUGCAUCAAAGCAAAUUAAGUGACUCUUUCUUUCAGAUAAGAAUAUUCUUAUAAAUAUAAUUAUUUUGAGUCAUAUGACUCUAAAUAAUUAUAUUUUUUCAAAUGCAGUUUUCUAUUUCCUCUUAAAAGUAAGCAUCUAUGUGUAAUAAUCACAUAACCUCUUUUCCGUUUAGGAAUAUAUUAAUAAUUAAUCCUUUGAUUUUACAUGGAAAUAUGAAUAAAUGUGAUCACAUUUCUUUAAAUCUCAUUAUUCUUUAUUUUUGACAUAAAGGCUUGAAACUGUUAAUCUUUUUUACAGCUUGGAAGAAAUCACACAUUAAAAGUUAAAUAUUAGUAAAAAAUGUAACCUGCCAUCAUUUUGACAAAUCGCCAAGUUAGGUCCGCAAAAAUGCAGAUUUUCCCCCGGCCUUGUUACUUAUAUCCAGAAAAGUCCAAGUAACAUUGUAUUUUUCAAUGGUCCUGCUGUUUUUCUUGAAAUGCACAACACUCGUCUUUGUUGCAUUCUAAUUGUCUCAUGUUGUUACGUAAAAAGUGUAAAAAGAUCACAGACAACACCAUUUGAAAGCCACACGUUUUUAUUUUCAACAGAAAAGGGUCGCUAACACACAAAUACGCUAAGAUGAUGAUGAAAUAUGCUGCCGUUACAUUUUUUUUAAUUAAUAUUGCCAGCGCUUAUUUUCAAUUGUCUUAAAAUAAAUGCAUAGAAAAAAUAUUCCCGAAAUUCUUAGGCAGCAGCGUCUUUAACUAACGAGGCGUAUUGUUUCACUAAAUUAUCUACAAAGCAAAGAGUUAUCACACUAUUCGCAUAUUAUAAAAGUUGCUACAAAUUAGUGCAGAUCAGCCUGAGGCUAUGAGACAUAUUGCAGUAAUAACGCCGAUUCAUUCCCAAAUAUACAAUUUCUAUUCCAGGAGCUUUGAAGACGUGCAGAAAAAUAAUUUACCUAAAACAAUAUGUGUGCAAUAUUUUCAAAAUAUGCAGGAUAUUUUUUUUCCUGGUUGAUUGGAGGGCAGAUCAAGCAUCCUGAGGAGAGUACUAUUUUUGUUCCCAUCAAAGCCAGCACAGCAGGCUAAAAUAAAAUAUCUAAAAUAAGAUUAAGACUUAAAUGAAAUCAAAGUAAAUAAAAGGCAGAUAAAAGAAAAAAAAAACACCUGCUUUUAACAUUCAAAUCUCAUU